CAUCUAUGGACACUACCCAGUGAUCCGGACCGCCCUGCGGAGGAAGGGCUGGGUGGAAAAGAAGUUCCACUUUCUGACCAAGUUCGUGCCGAGCGCUGACGGCGACGGGGAAGGGGUGCCGGACAACAAACAUGCUGAAGGCAAAGAGAAUCAAGAUGUGGCUUUAGAGAAAGCAGACGACAUCCACGAUGUGAUGUCCAGGUUGGUAAAAAAUGAAAUGCCCUACUUCCUCUGGACAAUCAAAAGGGACGUCAUCGACCAUCACAGCCUGAGCUGUGACCAGAUGCUGAACCACUACGGGAAGACCGCGUCCUUCACCACCAAGGCCCCCGGGCUCUCAGACUGGCUGAGCGGGCCUGGCGCAGCCUGCUGGCCUGACCUGCCGCUGUCUUUGGAGAUCGGGCUGUGUGUGAGCAUGCGGAGCCUGCCGUGGUACGUCCAGGCCAACCCCGACACCUUCUUCCCGCGCUGCUACAGCCUCUGCACGGAGGGUGAGAAGCAGGAGUUCCUGGACGACUUCCGGCGCACGGUGGCCUCCAGCAUCCUGAAGUGGGUGGUCAGCCAGCAGAGCAGCAGGAGCAAGCCGAGGAGCCGGCGGGAGGAGGCCCGCGAGAGCGCCGCCAGCAGCAGGAAAGUUCCUGAGGGUGCAGGAUUGAGGCUCACGGGCCUGUCGGGGCAGUGCGUGGACAUCGCGUGCAAGGUGUGCAAGGCCUACCUGGGACGGCUGGAGCACGAGGACAUUGACCUCACCGAGGACGCCGCCAGGGACCUCACAGAGGCCGAGUGGAGCGACCUGACCCAGCAGUAUUACUCACUCAUCCAUGGCGAGGCCUUCAUCCCCAGUUCCAGAAAUCACUUUUCACAGUGCCAGGCCCUGCUGAACAAAAUCACCUCUGUGAACCCCCAGACCGAGAUCGACGGGUUUCGGAACAUCUGGAUCAUCAAGCCUGCGGCCAAGUCCCGCGGCCGAGACAUAGUGUGCAUGAACCACGUGGAGGAGAUCCUGGAGCUGGUGGCUGCAGGCCAGCCGCCUGCCAAGGACAACAAGUGGGUGGUGCAGAAGUACAUCGAGACGCCGCUGCUCAUCUAUGACACCAAAUUCGACAUCCGGCAGUGGUUCCUGGUCACCGACUGGAACCCGCUGACCAUCUGGUUCUACAAGGAGAGCUAUCUGCGCUUCUCAACGCAGCGCUUCUCCCUGGACAAACUGGACAGCGCCAUCCACCUGUGCAACAACUCCAUCCAGAAGCACCUGAAGAACGACAAGGACCGCAGCCCCCUGCUGCCCUGUCACAACAUGUGGACCAGCACCCGAUUCCAGGAGUACCUGCAGAAGAGGGGCCGCGGGGCCGUGUGGAGCAGCGUCAUCUACCCGUCCAUGAAGAGGGCCAUCACCAACACCAUGAAGGUGGCCCAGGACCACGUGGAGCCACGCAAGAACAGCUUCGAGCUCUACGGCGCCGACUUCAUCCUCGGGCGCGACUUCAGGCCCUGGCUGAUCGAGAUCAACUCCAGCCCCACCAUGCACGCGUCCACGCCCGUCACGGCGCAGCUGUGCGCGCAGGUGCAGGAGGACACCAUCAAGGUGGUGGUGGACCGCAAGGCCGACCGGAACUGCGACAUCGGCAACUUCGAGCUGCUGUGGAGACAGCCUGCAGUGGAGCUGCCCACGUCCCAGGGCUCCGAUUUGCUCGUGGAAGGUGUGGGCAUGAGGAAAGCCAGGAAGCAGAUGCCAGUGAUCGCCAGCUUUGACUCUGUGCCUCCGCUCUCGGACAUCCAUCCGCUGAAACAGAGAUGCCCCUCAGCCAUGCUAGGCCUGGACCAGGGACCCCCACUCAUGGCUCUGCACCAGGACUUGAAACUGAGAGACCAAAAGGUACUUCCUUGCACCUUGCCUGUGCACUUACACAGGCUGGUGGAGAGCAGCGCUAAAGCCAAGAGUGGCCACAGGGAGUCCGGCGGGAAGAUCGAGCUCCCCUCCUGCACCUCUCAGCACCCAGACAAUAAGGCCCCCCGCCCCGCUCUCGCCAAGGCUGAGUCCGACAGACACUCAGAUCCAAACUCGUUACAUGUGCACCCACUGCCGUCCAUGCUUCCAAGUGUGAAGACCACAGAGGGUGCUCCGUUUCAGCCGCCCAGACCACCAGGGUUGCCAAGGGGCCUCCCAGCGCCCUGCCUGGUGUGCCGAGGCUCGCUGCCGCCCGCCGGUCCCUGCAAGCGCUGCCGCUCCUUCUGCGCCGCCGUCCUGCAGGGCGCCUCCUUCGUGCCCCUCGGCGACAAGCUGGGCAGCGGCCUGUGGACCCCGUGACGCCGAGCACCAGGGCCGGAGCGACGCGCCCGGGCCCCGCGGCCUCCAGAGCGUGGCUCGUUGCUUUGAAAACCUCCACGUAGAUGCGGGACCUUGUAUACAGAGCUAUUUUAGCGAACCUGUGCAUCCUCACCUUGGUAUUUCUUAUGGAGCCUCGGCCCGCGGCCCGCCCGUUGCCCGCGCCCCAAGCCCGCUUCACCCCGGGCCCCUGACCGCACCCCCUGUGCCACAUCCCCACGCCUCCCUCUCAGCCCGCACCCCUGCCCUGGAGGAGGCGGAACCUGCCAUGGGCGCCCCUCCCCAGGCGCCCUCCUCACUGGAGGGCGCCCCAUCCCCAGAGGCCCCUUGUUCACUCAUUGAUUCAACAAAAGUCUG